UCUCCUCAUCACCAUGCGGCAUCAGUUCGCGCUUGGUACAGAGAAUCUAAACGUUAUUUGGCAGUUAACCUCAAUAACAGUUGAAAUGUUUCGUCAAGAUCCUCAAGUACAGAUACAUAGACCAUGAUGGCAUUCUUUUCUUCUGUUGCACUAACAGAAUCAAACGGAAGACUCAGGCGGCAGUCAUGCCUCUUUUUGCUGCACGAUCUGUGCGUAGACCUCAUGCUACAUGUACCGGGGUAUUCGGCACUCUGACUCUGCAACUACUUUUCUCCUCCCUAACAGGAACACGGGCUGCACGAUGUAAAAUGUAGAAUACUAUAAGAAGAAGAAGAAGUCUAUUAUACAUGUAGACUUAUAAUACACGUACAUGUACAUACAUAUCAAGAAAACGUCCGCGUUCUAAACACUCUUUUACCACUAUCCUCGGACGCGAGGACUCAAGAAAAUUUCACAAAACCUGUUUCCGGGCAUUCUCAUCAAGUGAAAUACAAGCAUCUAGAGCCAAAGAAACGUAUGCCGGAUAUGAUAGCAUCACAUUCACAAGGUACAUGUACAUGACUGUACCGGUAUUACUGAAUUAGUCACAGUAGUCUAUCGUGAGUGAGCGUACAAUGUAGGGUAUUUGGUUUGCAAACGAGGAAUCUACUUGGAAAUUAGUGGUCGUGCGGAGACUGAGAGUGAAAGUGGUCCAGGCCGGGCUGGCUGUGCAAGGUACAUGUACCGGUACAAGUACUAUUAGUUAAGUCUAUAGCUGACGGAAACUUUGGCGUGGACAUUUGUGCACAUGGCAUGGCUAAAGCCAAACUACCCCAAAGGUGAUCGCGAAGGCUGUAGCUCAAGCUGUGAUCAUGGCGAUAGGAAAGGAUCAUUCCGCCGACGCCCAAGGCCAAGGCCACAUUUCCAAACGAGAACAGCCUCAUACUAGUCAUAGCCAUACCGCUAAUGCCAGGGACAUGGCCCAUCCACCCCGUUCUGGCCAGGGAGUCGUAAAAGCCCGACUUCCUGGUCCUGGCCAAUGAAAUACGGAAACGGUCUCUCGGGUACGGCGCCGUGUAGCGAUUCUCGGUGCAUCUGCGGUGUAGAACCAUGGAUAGACUGCACUGCACUGGUAGAGUCGGACGCACAAGGGCCGCCGCAUGAGGCAUGUCUUUCUUUCUGUCCAGUGCUAUGCUCCUCAUGACCGCCGCCACAAGCGGGGCAGAUCGAUACGACUAGACGCGACAUGUCGACACGAGUGAUGCAAGACUGCAUGCCAAGACUAGACUGCAAGAGGCAAGACUGCAAGAGUCCAACUCCAACUACUUGUCCAAGUCCAAGAUCAAAACUCGUCACCAUGGUCAUACUCACAUAAGUCAUAGCGAAAGCGCGUAGGCGCUAGGCGAUAGGUACCAGUAAUGGCAGUAUACUAUAGCUAUAUACUAGCACAGCACAGUCGUGACUAUGGCCCUGGUAAGUGGUAUCAGUUGUGAAUGUGACUGUGAGUAGAAUCUACUACUUUGUAGUAGAUCUACAGACUACUGGUAGAUCUACGCUGAAACGAGGCCAGGACCUGCACGACUUCCACAACAUGGUAGAUCUACAAGUACAAGCAAGCUCGUGUGUACGUCGCGUGUGGGCAUGUUGGGCGGAAUCACUCAUGCACUAGAGUAACUGGCCCUCUCUCUCUUUCUACGAUUCCAUGCUCUUUUCGGCAAAGAGCCCUCAGUCCUCCGAAUCGCUGAGUCAACGAACGAACGCUCCGCAGUCAAGCUAUCAAGAUCUCAGCGUCUUCAUUAUACAUGGAUUGAUCGAGUUUGAGCCGGAGAAGGCGCUAUUGCACCAAGCCGUAAGCGGAAAAGGCGUUGUUGCGAGCUAUUGCCUACCCACUGGAGCAGACCCUACUCGCUGAGUUUCUUCUUGCGGCCAAAGCGUUGCCUGGUCUAUGGAUGUCAUUUUGGCAAGCGUGCCUCGCAAGGAGCAGUCCCGUUAGGCAUGUUCGAGAAGUUGCGCUCUAUCUUCCGCAAAGGUGGGAAGCGUGGAAGUAAGACUUCCUCCACUACUGCACGCCAUGCGGAUAUAGGAUUGUAUCAGAGUUUCUCCAUCGAGCCUCUACCCAAGCAGAGAAUCAGCUACGAGGAGAGACCAUCUAGAAUCCGCCGGUCAUUUCGACGCCAAAGCUCCUUGUCGCUACAUGGAAAUGAUGGAGGCGGCUACAUGUCAGAUUCUUUGCUGUCGCGCCGCAGCUCAAAGAGGUACCGUCAGCCGGUCGUAUGGGAUGAGUACCACAUGCCAGCGGGACAGCGCAGCGGUGCUGUCUCAGCUGACGAAGGCGCUGGCAAGUACUACGCUCUAGCUCAUCGGAAGCAAUCACGCAGCCACUCAGUGGGACCUUCACCACUGCAUCCACUACAAAACCAGCACGAAUUUCCAUCAGGAUCAAGAAGCAAUGUUGCCGGUGGUCCGAAAGCAUCCUCCAAACCAAGUUUCCUCCCAAUGAUAGUCAACAAUGACUUUUCGCCGUGCUGCAAGGGAGAGCUACCCGUUGAGCAAGGCCAGCACAUCACGGCACUGUUCCGUCAUAAUGACUGGCUUUAUGUACGGGCCCGCAGUGGUGCAGAGGGAUAUGUACCAAUUCAAUACUGCACAAGAGAUCAGCGCUUUGCCAAUCAAAGCAAGUCCACUAUGUCUCUUAAUCAGCAGCAACAAAUACAAGAGAAUAUUCCAGCCUCUAUGUCGCUACCAGCAAAUUCGUUUCCCAUAGCAUCGUGCUCAGCAGCAGCGGCGGCAGCAGCAGCAACAGCAGCAAAACCACAGCCUUCCAGCACAAUGCCCGUAUCGGCAUCCUCCAGGUCACGGGGCAGUUCAUUGUCACAUGAUGUAUUUUCACAACCCUCCCAAUCCACAAUGGGUGGAAAGGAAUCCCACCGUACUUCGCUUCCAUCCUUCAACAACAACUACUCUGGACAGGGAUACAGUCCAGGGAAAACGCCAGGAAGGUCAACUCCGGGAAAUUUCUCCACGGCUAGCACUUCUAACGUCUUCUCGACAUCCUCGUACUCCGCUCGUCCCAGUGCCUACUCGCGUGCGACUAGCCGGGCGGCUAUGAGUGACAGUGAGUUGGCAACAAACAAGCAGUCUCUCAUGAAGCAGCAAUCGCAUUCACAGGCACAGGGCGCGGCACCAACACCACCAACGUCGAAGCCUCACAACCUAUGCCGCUGUGUAGCUCUGUACGACUUUGUUCAAAGCCAGCCGACAGAGGUGACGAUGCUGCGUGGUGAGAAGGCGUAUGUGCUGAAUUCUGAUAACCAGCACUGGUUAUGGGUGAGUUGCAAGGACGGAAGAAAGGGAUACGUGCCCAGAAGCUUUGUGGUACUGGAAGACAGCUUGACCAACCCGAAGGUUAAAGAUAACAAUCGUCGUGCAGCUCAUGGCAGCGACACGGAGCUACAACUAGCUCUUCGCGCAGAAACUCGACGUCGGACAAACGCAAGCACACAGAAGUCCAUCAAACCGAUCAGGCCAUACUUGUCUGGGAGUCACAGUGACACAGGGCUAUCCUCCGGUCACAGGUCGGCUAGCUUCCGCAGAGCCACAUCCGCUGACAGCGUGAUCUCACUAGCAUCUCAAACAUUCAGUGAAAGUGCUGUGGAUGUUCCCAAUGAUCUCUUGGAUGGAACUCUGGGAAAGACUGGCCAACGUGCCAGGUCUUUAAGCAAUCCGAAUCCACUGAAACGAGAGAAUCGUUGGAAGCAGAAUCCACUGUACAAUACAUCCAAAAAAGGUAAGACUCUGCCUACACCCAAGACGCACAGCACAUCAAAUGGUGUUGUUGUCCUGUGGGGCUUUGAAGCCCAGCGCCCGGGACAAGUAUCGGUUGAGCGAAGCGAGUGGGUCAGGUUCGUGAAACCUUCAAAACAGGAGAUGGACAAAGACUGGGUGAAAGUAGUCAAUCAGAAAGGAGCAACCGGGUACAUUCCAUCAGCCUGCAUCAAACCAGCACCAAGUAAGUGACCAGGGGAUCAUUUUGAGGAAAAUAAUGACAGAAUUAUUGUCCUAACAGUGUGGAAACAAUACUUAUACUCUUGUACAGCUCUACUAAAAAUACUGUUG